GCCGGCAAAAUCCACGCAGGCCUUGAUGACCUGCGUCAACCCUGGGGUAAUGGAUGCGAUUAGGGAAGCAUGGGACACCGGACGUUUUCCCCAUUUCUUCGAAAUGCUUUGUUUUAGCGAUCUCGCCGUCCUCGCGGGUGCCUGGGAGCGUAGUAGACAGGAAUUCGACGACGAACUGAGGACUCUGUGCGAACGACUUGAGCUGAGGAAACAGGAAUACACUCAGGAAUGCAGAGAAUUAGCGGGUAGAUCGGCGAGGCUAGAGCGAAUCUUUCUACGGAUUUGGGGUGUCGAUGACUCGCACCUGGAAGGGUGGAUACCCGAAACACGGGAGCGAGCUUCACCCAACACAGGGGACGCUCGGGUUACGAGAUGCGAUGAUUUAGCAAUCGAAACUGAGGAGAGGGAGGAGAUGGAGCGGGCGAUUGCCGCCAUCGCCAACACCAUCAGGGACUCCCCCCUCACGAGCAACCGGGCAGAAGACGCCGCCUCGGAACGGGAUAGAUACACUGCUUUUGCCCCCCUUGCAUCGGCAUAUUGGAUAGAGCACACCUCCACGGGAUUCCGACACGCGAUCUGGAAAAUGGAGACCUUUAACCACGUCGCUCCAAUUUCCAUUAGGGCGCUUCAGUUUUUGGGCAACAUCACGGAUGCACAGGUCAGGGAGUGCGGGACUCAGGUGCUGAGAGCGGAGAGCAAGGUGGGCGAAUUCCUGGAUCGGCUUAUGGCGAGAGUGAUGGAACUGCGAGAGCUUACGACGUCCACUCAGUCAUUCCAACGUAGGGUAAUCCUGAAGAAGGCGAGGGCGAAGAUGUCCAAGUACAAGGAGCAGCAUAGGCACGUGCCUGCGGAACCUUUCGAGCACCCUGCUGUAAAAAGGGAACUGGAGUUUCUCACUGGACGUUUUCUCAUCUGCCCUACCGACAAGGUGCCAAACACUCCGGCGUUCGUCUGUAAGAACUUUAUUCGCAAGCUCGCCUUCCAGAGACUAUCCGGACCUGAGUUCGCAAGCAUCGCAGCUCCCCCUGCCGCGGUGGUUGCACAGAUACAAGGUGAACUCUCGGCCUUUCCAGCACUGCCGGUGGCGCCCGCGACACUCCCAUUUCUGAUGACGGUGUACAAGGCGCAUAAAGGCGCAUUCAGAUGGAUCACGAACACAGCCGGCACGGUUGUCUCCCCUACGGCGGACCUCUGUGCAUGCCUUCUGCGGUUCCUCCUUCCCCUGGUACAGACGUUCUGUCAGGAGAGGAGCGUGGAGAUGCAGGAACGGUACGGGGUGAAACCAAACUUGUGGUGGUCAAUUGCCUCUGUUGGGGAACUCUGUGCAAAUCUGCCGGAGAAGAUUUUCUCUGCGUUCACGGCGGACAUCACCAAAUGCUUCGAGACGAUCCCCACGGACAACUCGGAGGACGGAUUACCUGCGGCGGUGAGAUUCUACGUACAAAGCGCGAUGCAGGUGAGAAGGGAGAGGAGCUCGUGCCAUAUUAUUCAGAUUAGGCUGGGGGACGGCGGCAAGCUCUGGCCCGCAUGGGUGAGUGACGAGCAAAUCGAGGGAAUGGGCACAAUGCUGUUUGGAGAGAAGGACAUUUGCUGGCUUUCUGACUGGUGUAUCGCUAACAGCGUGCUGCGCAUGGGGGACUAUGUAUGGAGGCAGGUCAGAGGGAUCCCGAUGGGCUUGGCGUGUUCUCCUAUCUGGUGUGAUAUAUACUUUUUUAAGUAUGAAUAUCAUGCCAUGAUGAGAUUGGCGGACACAGGGAACGCGCAUCUUAUCCCGUACUUCUCGGACACUUUCAGGUACGUCGACGACCUGGGGGCAAUCAACAACACCAUCAUCAGAGAUUUUAUGAAGAAGGAAGCCAGGGAGGAUGAUGACCCCUGUUGGAUCUAUCCUACGGAGUACAUCGAAUUGAAGGAGAACACAGAGGUGGUCAUGGACGGAGGCCGCUGCAAGGCCAACUUUCUCAGCAUGACCAUUACGAUCACCUCCCCAGAAGCAGGCACAUUCAUCACCUCGAAACAUGACAAGCGGGAGGGGUUGGGAUUCACCCCUUGCAGGUACGUCAAGUACAGAUCCAACAGGUACGCCAACCAGGCGCUGCAGGUCAUCACGGCCCAGGUCGCACAGAUACGGCUGCUCUGCUCCGAGCCACGCGACGCUGCAUCGGAAAUCAACAAGGUGGUGACUACAAUGAGGGGCAAUGGCUUCGCCAGGGAUGCUUGUUGGGGAGUGGUCAGGAAGACCUUGCGGAAUGCUCAUCGCUACCAACCUGACUUAGUCUCUGUGCACAUGGUCAGGGAGGCGCUGUCCGAUAUGUUUGGUUUCACGGACUGACUGUGCGCUCCUCAUGCGUGUUUGUGUCUGUGUAUGUGCGUAUGUGUGUUGGAUGUCCGAGGGACGACUGGCCGAGUGGGCCGGCUGUCCUCCGGGCAACCGCCCCCUCGGUACAGCUCGUCCCCCGGAGGGAAUGGGGUGGGACACACACACACACACACACACACAUACAGAUGAUAAGAGAAGGAGCGACGAGGAGCAGCCGGGAUGACUCUCGAAGCCCUGCUUGCCCCACGAGCGGACCUCUUUUCCGGUUCCUUAAUUUUUUCUUUCUCUCCCCCUUUUUUCCCCCCCCCGUCCCCCCUCUUUUUUUGGCCUUUAUUUCUUUCGGUUUCUUCCUUUGUCCUUGUCCCCCAUUUCCUGACCAGAUUCCUUGAGAAAG